ACAAAACAGAAACUGCGUAACGCGGAAGUGUUUGCCCCAUCUCAGUACGUGAUGUGUCAAAAAAUAGAAUUUUCUAAACGGUUCCACUCUAAUUAACCUCCCACUGCCACAUCACGUAACGGCAGCGUUUUUAUACUUGUACAAUGCGCAGAAUAUUAAACGGGUUUAGUUGGAACUGAAUGACAUUAGACGCCGCAGUGAUGAUGGAAACCCGCGAGGUUGUGAUCUGAAGCCAGUACCAUUAAAAGUGGUGGUUGUGCACAUUUAAGUGGACCGGAAAAGCGAGAAUGGUUUGUCCUCGCUCUGGCGCACUGCCAGAGCUGUUACAUGCCUUGAAGCUGGAAAUUAAAAUGGCGAGUCGUCAUAAAUCGGGUGCGCAGAAAAGAAAAGAAAAAGAGAAGAAGAUCAUCGAGAUGAAUGAGAAAAAAUGAAGUUUUUAAAAGGGUGACAAGAAGCCAGAGAAUUAGGGCUAGAGUUGGCUAUGGACGGUGAUGUCGGCAGAUGGUGCUAACUGACCAGCACUGCCCACCCAUCAGCUAUCCAACUCUGUCAGAUUUGGUUUGCCUGCUCUUCAGGUAGGAGGUAAGCAGGGGGCAGAGCCAUCCGGCAAAGUAGGCGGGAUGCCUAUUGAGGGCGGGAGCAGCGGCAGCUCUGCCUCAGCUGCUCGUCACCCCAAACAAAAGCGCAAGGCUCACAGCCUGUCUAUCCGGCGCACCAACAGUACGGAGGAGAGGCCACCUGGCAUCCACAGAGGAGACAUGCUGGACGGACAGGACUCCAAGCUGCCCCUCUCUCUACGGAACAAUCUUCUCGACCUGUUUGGCCAAAUCGAACGAGAGUUUGAAAAUCUCUACAUCGAAAACCUUGAAUUACGACGGGAAAUUGAUUCCCUGAAUGAACGUCUGACUGGCGACGGACAGAAUCUUGAGGGAGGAGAUCCCUCCAAGGGAGCCCUGAAAACAAAAGCCAGCCACAGUACCAGCCAACUGUCACAGAAACUGAAGACGACCUACAAAGCCUCUACUAGUAAGAGACUGGCGAACAGAGGUGAGAGGAGAUGGCGAGUGCAUGCUGAUACGAUUGUGUCCAGCUUCAAAGCCACAACAGGGUCCCGAGCUUUGUGCCAUCUGCAGAAGGAGUACAUUGGCCACCGGGAUGGAAUUUGGGACCUCAGUGUCACCAAAAGCCAGCCAGUGGUGCUUGGAACCGCAUCAGCAGACCACUCAGCUCUGCUUUGGAGUAUAGAGACUGGAAAAUGUCUACUGAAGUAUGGUGGCCAUGUGGGGUCAGUCAACUCUAUCAAGUUCCACCCCACAGAGCAGAUGGCCCUCACUGCCUCUGGGGACCAGACGGCUCACAUCUGGCGCUACAUGGUACAGCUUCCUGCCCCGCAGCCACCACCAGAUGUCAGUGCUCCAUGUGAAGAUGACCAGGAUUCUUCAGACAGAGAGGAAGGCGAGGUGGACGGUGAAGGUCCUGGCGAGGUGCCCACCGUCCGGGUUGCUACGGCAACCCUCAAAAGUCACCAAGGUGUUGUUAUCGCUGCGGAUUGGUUGGUUGGUGGCCGACAAGUGGUGACAGCCUCUUGGGAUCGUGCUGCUAACCUUUAUGAGGUGGAGACCUCGGAACUGGUACACACUCUUACUGGCCAUGACCAGGAGUUGACCCACUGUUGCACCCACCCCACCCAGCGUUUGGUCGUCACCUCAUCCAGGGACACCACCUUCAGAUUGUGGGACUUCAGAGACCCAUCCAUCCAUUCCGUCAAUGUCUUCCAGGGACACACAGACACGGUGACAUCAGCAGUGUUCACAGUUGGGGACAAUGUGGUGUCAGGCAGUGAUGACCGCACAGUUAAGGUGUGGGAUUUGAAGAACAUGAGGUCACCAAUAGCUACUAUCCGCACAGACUCAGCAGUCAACAGGAUAAGUGUAUCUGCCAACCAGAGGAUCAUUGCCCUGCCGCACGACAAUCGACAAGUGCGUCUGUUUGACAUGAGCGGAGUGAGGCUGGCCCGACUGCCCCGCAGCAACAGAAUGGGCCACAGGCGCAUGGUGUGUUGCACAGCCUGGAAUGAGGAGAACCAAACAUGCAACCUUUUCACCUGCGGCUUCGACCGGCAGGCCAUCGGCUGGAACAUCAACAUCCCUGCUUUGCUGCAGGAGAAAUGAAGUCGGAUGGGACGCUAGCGCACAAAUCCCUCCCUUUAGUCUGCCGUCCCAGACGUGCUAUAAAAAUAAAGUAAGUCAUGUUCACAUCCGUUUAGUGAGGAUGCAUUCACAUUACUGCUGUUAAAUUAUUGCUGAAUGGUUGCAUGAAGAAAAAUCCAGGUGUCUCAAUGACACUUUGUAUAGUUCAAUAUUUAGAAGUGUAGGCAUUGUGUUGUUGCCUGAUUAAGUGACCUCCAUUAGUUGCUGACAAGUUAAUGGGUUUUACUAUCUUACAGUACACAUACCUUUUGUUUGGAAGGACUUUAAUGAAGACAUUUGAUCGCUUUUAUCCUGUUUGUCUAAAUGGAGGAGUGCCUCAUGAUAAAUACAAUCUUUGCUUUGUUACCGUUUUAGUUAUCGGUUACACCAUUCCAUAAAAAAAAAAAAAAAAACAUUGCCCGUUGUGCUUUUGGAUGUCAAACAGUUGAAACUUAAGUUGCCUUGUACCAUGUUUUUUUCUUUAUUUUGCUUUUCUUGAAAUGUGUUGCGAGCGUAGCAAUAAUGGUUCAACACCGUGUAUUUUAA